UCCGGCGGCUCCUCUCGCGGGGAUUGGCUGUUGGAUACAUUGCGGCUAAACUCGUGUGCGGCAGCGGAGUCGGCGGAGGAGUCGGCAGCGGCGUCGGCAGCGGCGGCAGCGAGAGUUUGGCGCGAUGUCUCACACCAUUUUGCUGGUACAGCCUACCAAGAGGCCAGAAGGCAGAACUUACGCUGACUACGAAUCUGUAAAUGAAUGUAUGGAAGGUGUUUGUAAAAUGUAUGAAGAACAUCUGAAGAGAAUGAAUCCCAACAGCCCCUCUAUCACUUAUGAUAUCAGUCAGUUAUUUGACUUCAUUGAUGACCUGGCAGACCUCAGCUGCCUUGUUUACCGAGCUGAUACCCAGACAUACCAGCCUUAUAACAAAGACUGGAUUAAAGAGAAGAUCUACGUGCUCCUUCGUCGACAGGCCCAACAGGCCGGGAAAUAGUUGAGUUUGGAAGCGUUAGGGGGAUGGGGGUGGGCUUGGAACACAGGUGUGUACAGUGUGCUGUAGUAGAAGUUUUGUAUUAUAGUAAUCCUGUUUCCAUUUUGGUACACUCUAGCCAGGAUUGAAUGUAUUAGAUAAAAUAGGAUCUUGUUCAAUCUGAAACCCCCUUUGCCCCCUUCUCUCCACUCCUUUUUUUUUUACUUAAACAUUUUUAUGAUGAUUUAGGUGGAAGUUGGUUUUUGUCAGUUAAUGUUGGUUCCAGUCCUUCAGACUGUUCGUAUCUGCUUUAUAACAUUCACUGUACUAACCCUUCUUCAAAUCAGGGUGGGGGUGGUUACGCGGCUUAGUUAUGUCCUCAAGACAAAGUCUUAGUGAGAAACAAAUAAAUGUCCUUUAGUUAUA